GUGACGUCACUGCGUCUCAAUAUCCAUAAUGGGUCUGCAGCUGUCUGGAGAGCAACAAUAACAAGAGAAGCUCAGCGAUAAAACGAGUUAUUGUCUCAUAUCUGACACCUUUGCUAGCCCCAACUUCACAUCAUUCUGUCACCAACACUCUUGGUGAAUUAACUCUGGCCUCCGCUUCCUCCGACUCGGAAACCGGCGGAGCGUCGCCGCCACCGCUGAAGAAAUACCGAGCUUCGGUGGCGGAGGGAGCAGGGGGGCUUGGGGCUGCAAUUGGGUCAGCGGCCCUGUCUACAGUUGUGGGGAUUUUAACUUUUCCCAAUUCACCCGUUGCUCCUAUCAUUCGAUUCAAUCCGCACAGUGUAGCCCACAUCAACAUUAAUAACAUGCAGGCCAACGGGGCAGGGCAGGGUCAAGAUUCGGAGCUGUCCUGCCUAAACAACAGUGCGCAAAACGGAGAGUCGUCCUCCGCCGGGGAAGCUCACACUAACGUUAAUGGACUGUCCACAACAAACAAUGGGAACUCUGUCAGUAACAACGACGGUAUCCCAUCCCCAGCAGCAUCCAACAACACCGUGUCUUCGGAUGCAAACUCCGUGAAAAAGAAGAAAUGUCUUUCUCAGUCAGAGGAAGAUGUCAUUAGACUUAUAGGGCAACAUUUACACGAUUUAGGACUUAAUCAGACAGUGGACCUGUUGAUGCAGGAGUCUGGCUGCAGACUGGAGCAUCCCUCUGCCACAAAGUUCCGCAACCAUGUGGUGGAAGGAGAGUGGGACAAGGCUGAAAGUGACCUGAAUGAGCUAAAAGCAUUGAUGCAUUCUCCAAGUGCUAUUGUGCGGAUGAAGUUCCUGCUCCUGCAGCAGAAGUACCUGGAGUAUCUGGAGGAUGCCAAGGUCCUGGAGGCGCUGCAGGUCCUGAGAGCUGAGCUCACUCCCCUCAAGUACAACACAGAGCGCAUCCACAUCCUGAGCGGGUACCUGAUGUGCAGCCAUGCAGAGGAACUGAGAGCAAAGGCAGAGUGGGAGGGUAAAGGCACUGCCUCCCGCACUAAACUCCUGGACAAGUUACAGACGUACCUGCCUCCCUCUGUGAUGCUGCCUCCGCGCCGGCUGCAGACCCUGCUGAGGCAGGCUGUGGAGCUGCAGAGAGAGCGUUGCCUCUACCACAACACCAAACUGGACAGUGGCCUGGACUCUGUGUCCCUCCUCCUGGACCACGCCUGCAGCCGGAAACAGUUCCCUUGCUACACCCAGCAGAUCCUCACCGAACACUGCAAUGAAGUGUGGUUCUGCAAGUUCUCCAAUGACGGCACCAAACUGGCMACGGGAUCCAAAGACACCACAGUCAUCGUGUGGCAUGUCAACACAGAGAGUCACCAGUUGAAGCUGAUGAAGACUCUMGAGGGCCACGCCUACGGUGUCUCAUACCUGGCCUGGAGCCCUGAUGACACUUACUUGAUUGCCUGUGGCCCCGAUGACUGCUCAGAGCUGUGGCUGUGGAAUGUACAGACGGGUGAGUUGCGGACAAAAAUGAGCCAAUCACACGAGGACAGUCUGACCAGUGUGGCUUGGAAUCCAGACGGCAAACGCUUCGUCACCGGAGGCCAGAGGGGCCAAUUCUACCAGUGUGAUCUGGAUGGUAACCUGCUGGACUCGUGGGAAGGAGUAAGGGUUCAGUGCCUGUGGUGCCUGGGUGACGCUCGGACCGUCCUGGCAUCAGACACACACCAGCGUAUCCGUGGUUACAACUUUGAGGACCUUACGGACAGAAACAUAGUCCAGGAGGACCAUCCAAUCAUGUCUUUCACAGUUUCAAAGAACGGGAGGUUAGCUCUGCUGAAUGUGGCUACUCAGGGUGUGCACCUGUGGGACCUACAUGACCGGGUGCUGGUGAGGAAGUAUCAGGGUGUGACACAGGGCUUCUACACCAUCCACUCCUGCUUUGGAGGACACAACGAAGACUUCAUCGCCAGUGGGAGUGAGGAUCACAAAGUGUACAUCUGGCACAGGCGCAGUGAGCUGCCCAUCGCAGAGUUGACAGGUCAUUCACGUACAGUGAACUGUGUGAGCUGGAAUCCUGUAGUGCCCGGUCUCCUGGCCAGCGCCUCAGACGACGGCACCGUCCGAAUCUGGGGGCCCGCCCCUUUCCUUGAUGUCCAGGACGCUGAGGGGCUAAACGAAUGUUGUAGCAUGGACAGCUGAUGAUGACCUUGGAGCAGAAGACACUACUUCUCGAAUCCAGGAGAAAAACACUAAACUCUAACGAAUGAAGCAGAGAAACUAUUGCGUUUUGGCAGCUGCUUUCUGAAGGUUUGGCUCUGGUCUGGGGCUGUGCUCCAGCGGAGGGUGAUAACGUCACACACACGGAGAUGUCAGACAAAUCACUUAAAUUAACUGAUUACCAAGCAGCCACCUUGACUGACCUCCCACCUCCUCUUACCUGUGUGGCUCACAGUGUCUGAUGUCUGUUGCACCUCCUGUGUUCAGCCAGGCCCCAUCCUCUUUCGUCUUGGAGCUAACCCCAGGACUGCCACCUUUCACCUGCCUCGUCGAGAGUUUAUUAUUUAUUAUUGAUAGUAUUAUUUAUUGUCAUGAUUAGUACGUUGAUAUAUAGAGAGAGGGCUGUAGUGGUGGAGAGUGGUAAGGGUAUAUACAGUGCUGUGAAAAAGUAUUUGCCCCUUUUUAAUUCUCUACUUUUGCAUAUUUUUUAUACUAAAUGUUAUCAGAUCUUCAACCAAAACCGAAUAUUAGAUAAAGGGAACCUGAGUGAACAAAUAACUCAACAAUUACAUACUMAUUUCAUAACCAAAGUUAUGCAACACCCAAUUCCUCUGUGUGAAAAAGUAAUUGCACCCUUACACUCAGUAACUGGUUAUGCCACCUUUAGCUACAAUGACUCGAACCAAACGCUUCCUGUAGUUGUUGAUCAGUCUCUCAUG